UUGACCAUCACAUGACAAAAUGGUGGCCUUGCCGAGGUGAAGGAAAUGUUGUUUCUCAUCAAAUUGUAGCAGUUGCAUCGGCUUACUAUGGAAUCUUCGGGAGAGAAGAAGGAGUAUCUUUUCAAAGUGCUUGUCAUUGGUGAUCUUGGUGUUGGAAAAACUAGCAUUAUCAAGAGAUAUGUUCAUCAGUUUUUCUCUGUACACUACAGAGCUACAAUUGGUGUUGAUUUUGCUCUCAAAGUCAUAAACUGGGACUCAGAUACACUGAUACGCUUACAGCUAUGGGAUAUUGCAGGACAAGAAAGAUUUGGUAACAUGACAAGGGUUUAUUACAAAGAAGCAGUUGGUGCUUUCCUUGUAUUUGAUGUCACAAGAGCAUCUACAUUUGAAGCAGUACAAAAGUGGAAGAAUGAUUUGGACAAUAAAGUUCUGCUUCCCAAUGGAUCGCCAAUUCCUGUUGUACUCUUGGCAAACAAGUGUGAUCAAGCAAGGGAAGGACUUGUCAACAAUACAAGUCAAAUGGAUGAGUAUUGUUCUGACAAAGGUUUUAUCAACUGGUUUGAAACAUCAGCUAAAGAGGACAUCAACAUUUCUGAGGCUGCAAAAUACCUUGUGCAGAAGAUUCUUGAGAAUGAGAAAGCUCACAACUUUGAGAGCAUUCCAAAGGACCCAGGAGCAAUGACUUUAACAAACAGUACAACUCUUACUAGCUCUCAAGAAUUCAAGAGUAUUCCAGCAGCUGAACCACACAAGACUGGCUGCUGUUAGCAGUUGCUGGAAUUAAAAAAUUGUCUGUAAUUAAGAGGUGCAUUGUGGUGUUUUAACUUUUUAUCACCAAACUGAAUGAUAAAUUAGUAGAUGGUCCAUUUAAAUAGAAGAUGGUUUUAUUAGUUUGAUAGAAGGUUGCAAUGACUUGAAUUGGGAAUGACCACUGGCAUUAACUCAAUAAACCAUCACAUGACUUCUUUAGGCUUGCUAUAAAAAUUAUUUUGAUAAAUAAAUAUGACUAGUGAUGAAAAGAUUAUUUUUUUUUCUGAUUACCAAAUAAUAUUCAUGGAAAUUGGUUUUGUAAGGGUGCAAGUGCAAUCAGAGUGUCCAAUCAGUUGCAAAGUUAAGUGAAACUUUCCAGGGAACUCAGUCUCUCAGCAGUGAACUUGAUACAAUGCUCAAAACAGAUAGAAAAACAAAAUUGAAGUUUGAAUAGGAUAAGAAACUUUUAACUCAACAUUUUGCUGUAUUUUGUAGUCUGCUUUAAAGAAUUACUUUUUGCUGAUGCAGUUGUUGGUAGUUGCCUACUAAUUUAGGCUAAGCCCUCACACAUGAGGUUAGUGGUCAGCCAGUCCAAGAUGGCAAGCAAACACUCAAUAACAUGGCAUCCAGACAAUUAAAAGCAGUGGAAAACGUAUUUGUUCUCUCAACAUGAGUCCAACAAAAUCAAAUUUCUUCGUAAUGAAAGUGUACCUAGCAGUUUAUAGCACAUUGUUGUGGUGAUUUAAGUUUGUGUUUUACAAGCUGUUAUUAUUGUAAAUUCGAUACCCUUCUGGAAGUCAUAACUAAGGGAUUGACUGCUGUUGCCUUUCUAAGCUUAGCAUCAGUGUCAAAGUCAAGUCUUCUUCCAAAAAUUCAGUAAAAUGUCCUCACUUUUCUCUAUUGUUCAUUGGGAAAAUUUCCAAAGAUUAACAUGUAUGGUCUAGAGAGUUCCUUAAUUAAACCAAAACUAAUUGAAGUCCCUAAUGUUCAAAAUCUGAACCUGUUUUUAGACCAACACAACCUAAAAAGCAAAUCUAUUAGGUCAGUGUAUACCUGAAAAGUUUGUCAAAUAAAUCACAUGGGUAAGUGCUUCCUCCCACCCAUGCAAUUACUUGGUUAGA